GGGAAGGUCAAACUUGGUGGCUACGACCCAUUUAUUAUCGCCGAUACCGUAAAUUAUAUGCCAAUCACAAAUACUUAUUCGUCGGCCCUCUUCUGGGGGAUUGAUCAGUUGAUCACGUAUGGCGGAGAGACGAUCUUACCUAGCACGGCUGGUACCGUUGACACUGGCACCACUCUGAUUCUCAUAGCUACU